ACAACUCCAACAUCAACUGAAGUGACAACAACUCCAACAUCAACAACGUUAACAUCAACUGCAGCAACAACUCCAACAUCAACUACAGUGACAACAACUCUAACAUCAACUGCAGAAACAACUCCAACAUCAACUGCAGAAACAACUCCAAUAUCAACUGAAGAAACAACAACUCCAACAUCAAAUGCAGCGACAACAAUUUCAAAAUCAACUGCAGAAACAACAACUCCAAUAUCAACUGUAGAAACAACAAUUCCAACAUCAACUGCAGCGACAACAACUCCAACAUCAACUGCAGAAACAACAACUGCAACAUCAACUGCAACAACAACAACUGCAACAUCAACUGCAACAACAACAACAACUCCAACAUCAACAACUUUAACAUCAACUGCAGAAACAACAACUGCAGCAACAACUCCAACAUCAACUACAGUGACAACAACUCCAACAUCAACUACAGUGACAACAACUCUAACAACAACUGCAGAAACAACAACUCCCGACAACUACACCAACAUCAACUUCAGAAACAACAACUUCAACAUCAACUGCAGCAACAACUUCUCCAAAAUCUACUGCAGCAAAAACUUCAACAUCAACUGCAACAACAACAACAACUUCAACAUCAACUGA